UUUCAAUAUCUUCAACACUAAGAAGAAGGCUGAUCAGCUAACAAAAGUCAGCAGCAGCAGCUUUGGCCCUUUUUCCAUGUUGCAGUCCACUAACCUUAAUUCAGUGCAAAAAUUAACCAUACUUUUUUCAGCUUUCUUUAAAAGCCAUCAAGAAUCCCUUAUAUAAUCUCCUUGGAAUGAUCCCUGAUUUCUAACAUCAUUUAGUAUCUCAUUAGUAUCAUUCGAUUUGAUUCGGCGAAUUAACAAAAAAAAAAAAAAAAUGGAGACAAAUCCUACACCAUCAUCAGCAUUUCCAUAUCAGCAAUCACAAGGAGCAAUUCCUACUAAUCCAGGAGGAUUUGCAUCAUCAUUAUCAUCAUCAUCAUCAUCAUCAAGUAGUAGUACUCCUGGUAGUACUUCUCCAGGAUCAAUAGGGCCGUUUUUCGCAGUCAUUUCUGUCCUGGCAUUUCUUGCCGUCCUUUCAUGCUUCGUAGGAAGGAUCUGUAAAGGCAGAAGCCUUAAACAUUCUACAGGUUGCCUUGAAUGGCUGAGGCGAAAAUGCUGCUUUUGCUGCGCGACGAGUAAUGAUCGAGUUUUCGCUAACAAGGAAAUGCCGGCUGGCCAAAUCGAAAGCAAUGAUGGGAAGAGCGUUGAUCCAGAUGCAGUGUAAUUUAUAAAUCAGUGGCUUAAUCCAGAUAACUAUUUGAAUCUCUGGAUUGCGAGCUUUUAUAAUUAACUUCAUCUCUGAAGUGAAAACUGUUAAAAGUUCAAAAUGCAUUGUUUGGUGUUGGUUGUACAAGAAGAAUCAUGAAUGAUUGUAUUACCAAAUAUUCAUCUUUAGCCUGGUGAUUGAUUUUAGUGCAUGUUUCUUGGAAAUUACUUCCAAGUAUAUAUUCUGGCG